AUGAUACCAGAUCCUAGCUGGAAGGAUGACUUGGGGGCAUCGGAAGUAUUCGAUCUAGAUGUAGAAGUCAAUUUAACCCGAGUUGAAGGACAAGUGUUCGAUUCUCCGACUCUUGCACCUGUCGUAGCAUCGCUCAUGGUAUGUCUGGCGUUGUUGCAGGCUAACGUGGCGCAACCGCGUGCCGUUCCAGAGGCGGAGUUGCGUGACUGGGGCGCGAAGAUCCGUGACCCAAGUGUGCCGCUGGUGGAGCGCGCGCACGCCAUGUGGGGUCUGCGUCACGCGCGGGAGGCCCUGGCGACACGCCUGUUGGCCGCCUACGUGACCGACGUGGUGCCGCCUAGCCCCGCCGCCAACGCCCUCCUCCAACACGAGGCCGCGUACUGUCUGGGACAGCGCGGCGACGUCUGGGCGGUGGCGCCGCUCGAAGCAGCCCUUCGUGACACCCGACACGAGGCCAUCGUGCGCCAUGAGGCUGCCGAGGCGCUAGCUGCUCUCGCCUCUGCGCCUGGUGCCAACAUCUCCCACAUUAAGGCACUUCUCACCGAGUUCCUUACCAGCGAUGCAGUGGCGGUGGCAGAGACGUGUGAGGUUGGGCUAGGCCGCAUCGCCUGGCUCCAGCAGGCCAACAAGACGCCCGACCCAGACGCAGAUCGAGCGGAGGCUGAGUUUCCAAACACAGUCGACCCCUCGCCGGCAUUUCCUCCCGGAACACCACGAUCAAUAGCCGACUUGCGCGCGGUCCUACUCUCUCCCAACCGACCCCUGUUCGAGCGCUAUCAAGCCCUCUUCUCGCUGCGCAACUCCGCAGUAGCCUCUGCUGUGGGUGCCGGCGGUGAUGACCACAAGGAGGCAAUCAUCGAGGCUCUCUCGGCGUCUCUCGCUGCCCCGGGCUCUGCCCUGUUGCGCCACGAGGUCGCCUUCAUCCUGGGCCAGCUGGGUAUCUGCCGAACCGGACCAGCCCUCAUUGAGCGCCUUGAGGACACCCAGGAGGCGCCCAUGGUGCGCCACGAGUCCGCGAUGGCCCUCGGCGAGGUAGCUGGCAAGGCGCAGGACGACGACGAGGCCGCAGGUGAAAGCAGCCUGGCGAAGAGAGCGCGGGAGGUGCUCCUAGCCGGCUGUCAGGACCCCGAACCGCUUGUGCGCGAUUCGUGCGCGCUCGCCCUCGAUAUGGCCGAUUACGUGGCCUCUAAUGAGAGGUUCCAGUUUGCCGAAGUUCCAAAGUGUUAA